AUGGACGAUGAGGACACGAUGGAGUACGAGGAUUUCCGCCGCCCAUUCCAUUUCUUCGUCACAGGCCGCUUCAUCGCCAUCCAUUACAAUGGCGCCGACUUCGAGCUUCACCGCGACCGUCACAGUAACGGAACUUUAUUCUAUCUGUCUGAUGACGAGGAACAGAUAAUCUUUAAUCGCACCUACGUCGGCAGGCUCACCAGUCUCCCGGACUAUCCAGAAAAAGCGUUCCACAUACACCGCGAACAGCAGUACCUUUCCACACAGGGAACAUGGACAGACAGCAUUGAUAAUGCACUGAUAGUGCAGAUUGACCCGGAGCCAGACUGGAGCGGUACCCCUCCAACCGUCUCACCGCUCGCUAACCCGGUCAUUAGCGCCGACCACCCUAUCUCUGGCGAUGGAAUUGAUCUCUACCAGCCGGACCAAUAUUUCCAUAUGUAUCCCGUCGGGAACAUCUGGAUGGGCAAUGCUGAACACUCGCCCGAGGACAUGCUCUUCUUCGGCGGCCAUCCCUAUAACUAUGGAUCACCUUUCAAGAUCUCCGUGCAUGAAGGGAAAACACGCAUCGUCUCCGGCGACGGCAUGUUUCUGACUGUUAUGAGGCCUGCCCAGAAAUCAGAGUAUAUGCGGGAAGAAUGUCGACAGCAUACUGCGACCACUCGGUGCUCGCGCUGUGAGGGGGGCUACGCGAUUGGCUUUACCUCUGAGCCGCGCGAUAACCUCACUCUUGUUCCGCGCGGACUGCCUAGUAUGUUUGUUUUCUAUGAUGGUGUGUUCUAUUAUCAGUUCCAGGCUCUCACGGCUAGCUAUGCCGCGCUGAACCGAGUGGAGUGCAUUGAGGAUGCGUCGCUCUUCCAGUUUGUUAGUUGUCGGUCUUGA